AUGAACCAAUACUUGGGUCACCGAAUAGACCAGAGGAAUGCCACAAAUAUGAAUAAUGUUGGUGCUUUGAAUUCUACUUUAUACGAUGAGCCACACGAUUUUAGAAAACCAACAGCAAAAGUUGUCACAACUCAAUUAUACACUGCUAUUCUAUUAGGACUUUUUGCAUUACUUUCCUUUUCUCUAUUACUAAAAAAAUUGCCAAAAUUAUACGCAAGUAGAAGAUAUAAAGAUUCAGGGAGUUUAAGACUACCCUCAUGGGAUCCAAAUAGUUUGUUUGGAUGGAUGACUGUCCUUUAUAAAAUUGACGAUCACCAAGUAUUGGACUAUGCAGGAUUAGAUGCCUUUGUAUUCAUUGGAUUUUUUAAAAUGUGUAUCAAACUAGUCGGUAUCUUUUGUUUCUUUAGUUUGUGUGUAAUAUCACCUGUAAGAUUCCAUUAUACUGGUAAUUACGACGACGACGAUGAUGGUUCUGAUAAAAGUUCUGUUGACAGAAUACUCAACCUUGUGAAAAGGUUCCAAAGAGAAAUACAGGAGCCAAUUGAGACUAUUACCCAACCUGGUCCAGAAGCAAGCUUCCGUUAUUUAUGGAUGUAUGUCUUAUUCACAUAUUUUUUUACGUUUGUUACUAUUCGUCUAUUGUUGAAUCAAACCAAAUUAGUAGUGUCUACGAGACAGAAAUAUUUAGGGAAACAGAAUACAGUAACAGAUAGGACUAUUCGUCUUUCUGGUAUUCCAAUUGAGAUGCGUGAUAAAAAUACUUUAAAGACAAGAAUCGAACAAUUAAAAAUCGGGAAAGUUUCAUCAAUCACAAUAUGCCGUGAAUGGGGCCCCUUAAACAGAUUGUUUCAUUAUAGAGAACAAGUUUUAAAACAAUUAGAGUUAAAUUAUGAAAAAUGUCCAAGACAUUUGAGAUCUCAUGAAUAUAUCUCUGAAAAUUACAAUUUAGAAAGAAACGUCGAUAACAUAGCAUCUGUAAUAGAAAACUCAGAUAAUCACUCGACAAAUAACAAUACAAAUAAUGAUGGAAAUAAUCAAACAAAUCAUAUCUCAUCAUCGGAUGAAUCUAAUGAAGAUAACCAUGUUUACGGAGAGAUUCAAUUAAAAGAACGUCCAAAAAUGAAGACUGGCUGGUUUGGUCUUUUUGGUACUGAAGUAGAUGCGAUUGAAUAUCUUGAACAACAAUUACUUUUCAUAGAUAAAGAAAUCAUUGAUGCAAGAAAAAAACAUUAUUCUGCCACACCUACUGCAUUUGUGACAAUGGACUCAGUGGCGAAUGCACAAAUGGCGGCACAAGCAGUCUUAGACCCAAGAGUUCAUUAUUUCAUCACAAGAUUAGCUCCUGCGCCUCAUGAUAUCAAAUGGGAUAAUGUUUGUUUAUCAAGAAAAGAGCGGUUGACAAAAGGCUAUUUGGUCACCAUUUUUAUCGGUAUUUCAAGCUUAUUCUUGAUUAUUCCUGUGUCUUACUUAGCUACACUGUUAAAUAUGAAGACUAUUUCCAAAUUUUGGCCAGAUUUAGGUAAAUUCUUGAAAGAAAAUAAAUGGGCAGAAAAUAUAGUAACUGGUUUACUACCCACAUAUUUGUUUACAAUUCUGAAUUUUGGUAUCCCUUAUUUCUAUGAACUUUUGACUUCUUAUCAAGGCUUAGUUUCAUAUAGCGAAGAAGAGACCUCUUUAGUAUCAAAAAAUUUCUUCUACAUAUUUGUGAAUUUGUUCUUAGUGUUUACGUUAGCUGGUACUGCUUCUAAUUAUUGGGGUUAUUUAAGUGACACUACUAAAAUUGCAUAUCAAUUAGCUACAUCAGUAAAAGAAUUUUCCUUAUUUUAUGUUGAUUUGAUUAUUUUGCAAGGCAUUGGUAUGUUUCCCUUCAAAUUAUUACUGGUUGGAAGUUUGAUUGGAUUCCCAUUAGUAAAAAUCACCGCUAAAACUCCAAGACAACGAAAAGAACUUUAUAACCCACCAAUCUUCAACUUUGGUUUACAACUACCACAACCAAUUUUGAUUUUGAUUAUCACAUUAAUCUAUAGUGUCAUGAGCACGAAGUUAUUGUUAUCAUCAUUUGCAUACUUUGUUAUUGGUUUCUACGUAUACAAAUACCAAUUAGUAUUUGCUACAGAUCAUUUACCACACUCAACCGGUAAAGUAUGGCCUUUAAUUUAUCGUAGGGUUAUUUUAGGGUUACUACUCUUCCAACUUACAAUGGCAGGUACAUUAGCUGGGUUUGAAGGUGGCUGGGUUCUCUCAUCGUGGCUAUUCCCCAUUCCACUAAUAACAUUAAGUUUUUUGUGGGAUUUUCAAAUGAAUUAUAUACCAUUGUCUCAAUAUAUUGCGUUAAGUUCUAUCCGUGAACAUGAAUCAGAUGAAUCACACGUUACAAUGUCAUCUAGUAUAAUGGAGGAAGAUUCUUACAGCUAUCCAUAUCUGGUGUCGAUACUAGAGGGUCCAAUGUUAGACUGA